UCCCGGGCUGUCUUUUUGUUGCUAGUCUGUCCCUUUCUAUCAUAUAAAACACUACUACUAUACAAUGAUUUUGAACAGGUUUUUCCUCCCUCGCAGCCUCGCUCUCGAUCAGCAGCCUAUCUGAGGCAUCCACUGAUGAGGGAAACCGAUUUGGAGUCGUGACUAACCAGAACUACUUUUCCCAGAAUGCAAGAGCAAGCAGCAGCUUCUUGUCGUUAUGCUGUCACUUUGCCCACAGCGUAGAAUUGCCCCAGCAUCUCCUCAUAGGGAGUAGCCGUAUGUGGAGGAAAAUGCAUUGAAAAGACAUCUUUCAGAUUUUUCCGUGCGUGUUUCCAAAUGCAAUGAAGGACGGGGAUUGCGACAGGGCGGAUUUUUCUCGUGUGCCGCACCGGAAUAUGGGCCUUUAUUUUCAGAGAUAUGCGGAGUCUUUUUCGCUGUAGGUGGUAACGCAGAAAAAUACAAGAUGAAGAAGCAAUUCAAUCGAAUGCGACAGCUUGCCAACCAGACGGUAGGCAGGGCGGAAAAAACCGAAGUUCUCAGCGAUGACCUUUUGCAGGUGGAGAAGCGUUUGGACCUGGUGAAGCAGGUGUCCCACAGCACCCACAAGAAGCUGACCGCCUGUCUGCAGGGCCAGCAGGGGGCCGAUGGGGAGAAGAGAUCGGUCAAGUCCCCCGCGAAAAAGCUUCCUCUGACUACUCUGGCCCAGUGUAUGGUUGAGGGGGCUUCUGUGUUAGGUGACGACUCCCUGCUAGGGAAGAUGCUGAAGAUGUGUGGGGAUGCAGAGGAGCAGCUGGCCCAGGAGCUCAUCCUCUUUGAGCUGGAGAUCGAGCGAGAUGUGGUAGAGCCACUCUAUGUGCUGGCAGAGGUUGAAAUUCCUAACAUUCAGAAACAGAGGAAGCACUUAGCCAAGAUGGUGCUGGACAUGGACUCUGCGCGGACGCGGUGGCAGCAGUCCUCCAAAUCCUCCAGCCACCCCAGUAACCUGCAGCCAGGCGGGGCCAAGUCCGACUCCCUGCGAGAGGAGAUGGAGGAGACGGCCAAUCGCAUGGAGAUCUGUAGGGAUCAGCUAUCAGCAGACAUGUACAAUUUUGUGGCCAAAGAAAUAGACUAUGCAAACUACUUUCAGAUGCUCAUAGAGGUUCAGUCGGAGUAUCACCGAAAGUCCCUGGAGAUCCUACAGGCCGUGCUGCCCCAGAUCAAAGCCCACCAGGAGGCCUGGAUAGAAAAGCCCUCCUAUGGGAAGCCUCUGGAGGAGCACCUGACCCUCAGUGGCCGAGAGAUCGCCUUCCCCAUCGAGGCCUGUGUCACCAUGCUGCUGGAGUGUGGCAUGCAGGAGGAGGGUUUGUUCCGGGUGGCACCCUCGGCGUCCAAGCUUAAGAAGCUGAAGGCGUCGCUGGAUUGCGGAGUGGUGGACGUGCCGGAAUAUUCGGCCGACCCCCACGCUAUAGCGGGGGCUCUGAAAUCAUAUCUCCGUGAACUCCCUGAACCAUUGAUGACCUCUGAACUCUACGAUGACUGGAUCCAGGCCUCAAACAUUCAGGAUUUGGACAAAAGACUGCAAGCUCUGCUGGCCGCCUGCGAGAAACUUCCACAAGACAAUUUGAACAACUUCAGAUACUUAAUUAAAUUUCUAGCAAAACUCAUUGAGGACCAGGACUUAAAUAAAAUGACUCCAGGUAACAUUGCAAUAGUGCUUGGACCCAAUCUGCUGUGGACCACCUCUGAAGGAAACAUGACGGAGAUGAUGACCACGGUGUCCUUGCAGAUCGUAAGCAUGAUUGAGCCCAUCAUCCAGCACGCCGACUGGUUCUUCCCCGGAGACAUUGAGUUCAAUCUGACGGGUUGCUACGGGAGCCCCGUCCACUCCAACCACAACUCCAACUACAGCUCCAUGCCCUCGCCCGACAUGGACCAAUCAGAGCGCAAGCCGCAGCACGACCAGAGCCGCCGCCCACUCAGUGUGGCCACUGACAACAUGAUGCUGGAGUUCUACAAGAAGGAUGGCGUUAGGAAAAUACAAAGCAUGGGGGUGAGAGUGAUGGACACAUCCUGGGUGAGAGGCAAGGGUUCGUCGACGCUGGUGCGCAAGGCCUCCUCGACCCCCCCGUCCAUGCACAUGCCCGGCCUCCCCGGCGACUCCCUCAUCCCCGAGCAGCCUGGCGAGCUGGCCUCCUCGCCCUCGCCCACCCCCCCGCCGGGGGACCGGGGCAGUACUCUAAAGAGUAAGGAGCUCUCCCCUGUUACUGGACACAAGCCCAUCCAAGUGCCGAUCCCCACAGUGCCCCCUCCUGGUGGCCAGCAGAGCAGCAGCCAGUCACCACACUCGGCAGAGUACAGCCCUCUAACGCUGCGCAAAGCCUCUAGGAAGCCAGCUCCCGUCCCGCCCAAGGUGCCAUACGGCCUGUCGGGCUGCAGCAGCGGCGGCAUGUCCGACCAGUCCACGGGCCAGCCGUCGCCGGUCAGCCUGUCGCCCACGCCCCCGAGCACGCCCUCCCCGUACGGCCUGGUCUGCCCACCCGGCCAGCUGCCCGCCUCCUCGCCAAGCCAGACGCCGCUGGGAUCGGCGCCCCACGCCCUCUCCCCGCCGCCCUCGCUCACCGGCACGCUCACUAAGUCCCGACCCACGCCCAAGCCCCGCCAGAGGCCCAGCCUGCCCCCGCCACAGCCCCCCACGGUCCCCGGCAGCCUGCCCGGACAGACCCCGCCGCCCCUGGACCAGGGCCUCCUGGAUGGCAUGUCCCCCGAGGAAAGCAUGUCCACAGCAGAUUUCUUCAGUUUGGAAAUACCCUCCUUCAAUGUCAAUCUGGACAGCCUCCUGGACGAGUUCAGGGUGUCGCCCUGCCGGAGCUCCCUGAUGGUGCCUGACUCCCCGGAUGGAGAUGCCACUUCUGAGGAGGAGGGCCAGAGCACCACACUAUGACCCCAGAACGGAACAGAACACACCCCAAUCCUACAGGAGGCGCUGUCUUCUUUCUCUAUCUAUCUUCAUGUUGUCCCUCGGUCUCUUUCUCUCUCUCCGUUCAGUUUCUCUCUCUGAAUCCUCCUUUCUAUCCUCUCUCUCUCUCUGUCUGUUUUCAGUUUCUCCCGCUAUCCCUUUACUCUUUCUCUCUCUUGCUUUCUCUCUCUCUGCCUUUCACUACUGAUGAAGCCACUGAUGAAUGCACAACUGAGUGUCAACCAGCCAUCAUCCGCAGAACUACAGACUUGGGUUUGCCACAGUCACUCUUCCGCUCUUCACAAAGCCACUGAAAAAAGGGACCUUUAAUCUCCACAGACGACUUAACUUCUCCAGCUCUAUAUGUGACUUCAACUGCACGUAUGGUGCCAUGGAGGAAAAAACUGAUUCGAUCGUGCUGAAUCUGACCAGAAGGGACAUCAAUAGGGAGAGGUAACCGAGAAGGAAAGGAGAAGAAAAAAAAUGUAUGUCAAUUGUGUUCAUUUGUUCCUUGUCUUUUUCAUUUGUGAUAUGUACCAUAUUUUUACUUUUGUAUAUUUUUUUUGUAUCGGUUCAGGGUUUUUUUGUUGGCCUUAGGAAAGUCAGGGAUCAGGUUGCAAAGCAGCGCUGAUUCAGACAGCGGUGUCGGUGGAGAUUGCCUCAGGACAGAGAGAGAGGUUAUUAUUGUGUGUGUUUUACAGGGUAUGAAAGGUUGGCCUCAUGCAAUAUAAAUGUUGCCCAUUGUCAAAAUCAGGACGAAACAUGAACUUGCCAUGAAUAUCUGACAAAAACCCAUAUGCUCUCUCUCUGUCUCUCUUUCUCUCUCUCUCUCUCUCUCUCUCGCUCUUUCUCUCUUGCUUGCUGGCUCUCUCUCGAUCAUUUUCUCUAAUCCUAACCUUCACACACAAACACACACACACAAACACAAACGUGGAAGAUAGUCACGCUCAGAAAAUUGAGUGAAAAGAUGCACUUGUAAAUCUUCACAUUGCUGUCAAAGCGAAUUUACUUCAGUAUUCACUGGGCUCUCAUUCAACUGUGCACAUAUCAGCAUCAGUGCAGUAUGAGAAUGUCUUUCUCAUUUUUGAACGUUCUUUGUUUAAACUAUUGUUAUUGAUAUAACUGAACACAAAUCAUAAAUGUAUGGGGAAGACUGAGGGAGAAGUGUUUGAGACAAGAUCUGAAGCUCACUCCUUUGAAUGAUAUCUUUUUUUCCAGAGAAGGGCUUUGAUAACAGGGGAUUUUGACAGUAGAAAGAGUGGCCAUGUGUAUUAAUGCUCAUUGGUGUGCCUCUCCAGCAGGCCUCUCCAUUAAAACAUAUGGACAUAAACAGUAGUUUGAACUGUGACAGCACUGCCUGCAAGCCCUGUUGAUGCUCUCUGCACACCUUGUCUCAAGUGCUUCAGACUUAAUGUAUCGCCCCUUCCUAGUGUAAAUACUAACAGACUUGUAAAUAAAUAUGUAGAUAAUUCCAAGCGGGCAGGUUCAGAUGUAAAGACAAAUAUGAAUUAUACAUAUAUUCAUAAAUGUGGUCAUAUUUAUCUUGUUCUAGAAAAAUGCUGUAAAAUGAUGUUGGUGGUGUUAUUUUUCUCCCCGGCGCACACUAUUGCCAGAUUCACCGAGGAGUGAGUGAACUCGAGCACUGAACGCUGCAACAGAAAGCCAUGAAACUGCUAUCGGUACACGUGAAGACUUGACAGAGCAGAAUUUGCGUGUUUGUUUGAACGUUUUGCGCGUUUGUUCUUAAAUAUCAGUGCCCUGAGGAAAAACUCUCUGAACCGUCAGUCCGUCAUGAUGCUGCCCACUAACUCCCACACCAUUGCAUGUUUGAGGAACAGUAUUAUUUUGUAAAGAUUACUGCAUAGCGCUCUAGACCAUCUGAGGGAUUCUAUAAUAUGCUAAUAAUUGUUCACCCUUUUUGAAUGCAAUAAUUGGGAUAUGUUGCUUUUACAUGCAGUAUUUUUGUAUGUGUCAAUUCAAAAAGAUGGUGUGGAUGCUAUUCUGAUCAACCUGGAGUGGUUAAGGAUUUUACCAUGACAUCUGGCAUACUGUCAACACACACCCUGUUAGAGUGUGAUGUUAUUCCCUGGGAGUGCAAUGAUGUGGCACACAGAAGACCUGUCUGUGUAGUGUGGUUGUAUGACUGCUCUGUUCAUUUUCUCAGAGGAAUUGAAAGAUGCUGCAGUUUUUCUCUCAUAUCUGAAGGCCCAAAACUGACAGGACAUUUCAUUUUGUCAAUCAAAGUGCAAUUAUUUUGUUCUUGUGAACCUCAGAGAAGUGAAGAGGCCAUAUCCAACCCCCACUCUCUGCCCAACACUUGAUAGAAAGUCUUUCUUCAUUCCUUUUGCAGAUGAUAUGGUUUACUUUUUAUUUCUUGUUUUGUCUACUUCAGGGACUUAAACUCAAGAAGAUAAAGUCUCUGUUAUGUAUGAUAUGCCUCAGUGUGUGUGUGUGUGUGUGUGUGUUCUCAAUGAAUUAUAUUCUUGAAGAUUAUGGUGGCUGAGUAAUAUUAAUAGUUGUAGUGGUUAUAAAAUGAAAAUUGCAAGUGCCCUCACAUUAGAUAUUAAUGUCCUAAAGCUAAUGACAAGUUUUCUUGUGUACUUGAGGUUUUUGUCUGUGGUGGUUUCAUCAGUGUUUUUUUUAUGGAGGCAGGAGUGUCAUUAUACAAGAGCAUUGACUGAAUGUGUCUAUCUUGACUUUGAAGCUGAUCAAGGUCAGGUCUUGUCAAUAACUGACAGAAGCUGCAAUAGAAGCAUGGCUUUUUAAAAUAGCUCUCUUAUUUUUCAUACUCCAUUUGCUCUGGUGGCAUUUUGUGAACCACUGCACCCCACUGACAGUUUUAGUCAAAUGCCUGUGUUAACGUUAUUGAGCAAGUGGGGGAGGUGUUGUCGAGGCUUACAUUUUGUAAAUGCAAUAGACUUUGUCAGGGGGCGUGGAUUGUUUUCAGAUAAGCGUUAGCAUGCCCGCUCAAGCUGUGCUGUAGUCUGGUAAUGAUGGAGCUUUAAUAUUCAUAUUUCAUUCUUUCAUAUAUAUUUCACACAGAAGGUAUGAGCAAGUGAAGCUGUCACAUCGCUGUCUGCAAUGAUAUCAGGGUUACUAAAGGUCAAAGGUCAGCAGAUGACUAAGAGCAUGCCAACUUGAUGUUGCAAAGCAUCAAUGACCGUGAUGCGUGGCCAUUUUUGCACUUCCUAGCUUAUUGUGCGUGCUUUUGUUUUGAACCUGUUUUAGUCUGAUUAGUCACAAGAGGAGACAUGACUGUAAAGUGGGUUUUUUCUUUUUUAUUAUUAAUUUGUAGUUCUCACACAUCACUUUCUUUUAAGAGGAAGUUGAGGACACGAAAUCAUGGGUUAAAAGGGGGCAAAAAAACCUGGACAUAGAUGGCCAUGGGUUUAUGAUACAUACAUUUUAAACUGGACAUUACUAAUGGACAUCCAGCCUCUCCCAUGCUUCCACUCCAACUCCUGCUGAACUGUAGGACCCACCCCACCCUUCCUUCCUCUGCUUAGCAUAUCAAGUGGAACAACACAGUCUGUACUGUGAAGCCGACUGCAAUCCUUCAGAAUGUCAGAAAUAUAUAUAUAAAUAUAUAUUAAAGUCUACAUUUUUAAUAA